UGUGUGAGGGAAAAAGAAAAAAGAAAAACUUGAAGAUUUUUUUAAAAAACAUGGUUAAAUCAGCAGAUGGAGUAAUUGUUUCAGGAGGAAAGGAUGUAGAUGAUUCCUUUGAACACGAACGGACCCUCCUUUUAGAAUAUCAUAACCGAGUUAAGGAUGCAUCUGCUAAAUCUGACAGGAUGACAAGAUCUCACAAAAGUGGUGGGGAUGAUUACAAUAGAAUUGGGUCUUCACUGUAUGCUUUAGGACCUCAGGACUCUACAGAUGUAUGCAAAUGUUUCCUCAAAGUUUCAGAACUGUUUGAUAAAACAAGAAAAAUAGAAGCAGGAGUGUCUGCUGAUGAGGACCUCAAACUGUCUGACCUUUUAAAGUACUACUUAAGAGAGUCUCAAGCCGCCAAGGAUCUCCUCGAUAGAAGAUCUCCGUCACUUGUGGACUAUGAAAACGCCAAUAAAGCACUGGACAAGGCAAGAGUGAAAAACAAAGGUGUUCUGCAGGCUGAAACGUCCCAACAGUUACGUUGUCAGAAGUUUGAAAAAAUAUCAGAAUCUGCAAAACAAGAACUUAUAGAUUUUAAAAGAGGAGUUGCUGCACUCAGAAAAAAAUUAGUGGAGCUUGCAGAAUUAGAACUGAAGCGUGCAAAGGUCAUGUCACUAAAGAUCGAAAUAUCUAAAUGA